CUGUUGUGUACCUGAUUUCGAUACAGAUUCACGAACAAGGUACCCUUCAACCGUCACCGGCGACCUCUAAUCGGGGUUCCGAUAUCGUCCAUUGGAGCUUAAUUCCCCUUCUCCAUCUUCGAUUCAUUCGCCCUUGAGCUCUCGUUUUUGCUUAUCGAGAAAUCUGACGAUCCAUUUCCUCCUAAUGAAUAAUAACUCCUUGUAGACUAGCCGUAAGCUUUGGGGCGAGAGCAGGAAAGUGGGCCAUGGAAUAUUUUAUGGUUGAGGUCAUGAUAGAAGUUUGUUUGACAGAAGUAUAUAUCCCUAUGGGACCUACCAUUCCCGCGCACCUCUGAACUUCUUUCCUUCUGUGAACCUUUACAAUUUCCUACGCUCGCGACCAUGGCCACUGAUGCGAUUGCACCUUUGCUUCCUCAGGGGGCAGGUUACGGAGUUGUUGUUGGGAUUGGGGUAUGUAAAGAUUGUUUUCCAGAACCUGCAAAGUCUAAUAUUGGCAGUUUUUCUUCGCUAUCCUCAUGGCAGGACUCUCAUACGUGCAAGUAAGUUAUGUCUUACUAGCGAAAAUCAGAUGCCCAGCUAAAAUUCCUUCCAAGAACCGAUACACAAAGUAUUCCACGAAAGGAAGCGAAGAAUUCAACACUGCUAGUCGAAGUGUGAAAUCUGGAUUGAUUGCCUCCGGUAUCGUGUCUGCAUGGACAUGGGCUGCUACUCUCUUACAGAGUUGUUCUGUAGCCUAUUCCUAUGGGAUUGCAGGUCCUUUCUGGGUAAGUAAUCUGACUCGCUGACAUUCGUUCUUCGUACGGAAACUAACUUUUUUUUAGUGUUGGUUUUAUACUUCCCCCACUUUCCUUCUCUGUUGACAACUUUAGAUGCUGCUGGAGCAACCGUGCAGAUUUUCAUGUUCUCUAUACUUGCCUGUAAAGUCAAGCAAAAUGCACCGCGUUGUCACACAUUCCUUGAAAUUAUUCAAAAGCGAUAUGGAACAACAGCACAUAUUGUUUUCAUAUGUUUUGCGUUGCUUUGCAAUAUUUUAGUGGCUAGUCAACUGUUGCUUGGUGGCAGUGCCGUUGUCACUGCUUUGACCGGCAUGAAUGUUUAUGCUGCCAUCUUCUUGAUUCCACUUGGAGUAUGUGUCUAUGUGGUCCUGGGUGGUUUGAGAGCAACAUUUCUGUGUAAGUUCACUCAUGCCUGCGCCAUCUUGAGUUGGGCUAAUACCGAAAACUUUCUAGGUGAUUACACUCACACUGUUAUUAUCAUGGUGAUCAUUUUGUAUUUCAUGUUCAGCGUGUAUACCUCAAAUCAAUUGAUCGGUUCUCACGAGAGAAUGUUUGAGCUUCUCCAACAAGCAGCAAAUUUACGUCCCGUGGAUGGAAACCAAGAUGGCUCAUAUCUAACCUUGAAAUCCAACUUCGGUCUCAUCUUCGGCGUUAUCCAACUCUGCUCCGGUAUGGGGACGGUCUUCCUCGAUCAAGGAUACUGGCAAAGAGCAAUUGCUUCCCGUCCCACAACCGCAGUCAAAGCCUACAUCCUAGGAGGCAUGGCCUGGUUCGCAAUCCCCUUCGGUUUCGCAACAACUCUCGGCCUCGCAGCUGUGGGAUUAGCCACCAAUCCCGCCUUCCCAACUUACCCCAAUGCCAUGAGUCCAACCCAAGUCUCAUCCGGCCUCACCGCCCCCUUCGCGGCCGUUGCUCUCCUUGGAAACCACGGUGCCAUUGCUCUUCUCCUCACCCUUUUCAUGGCCGUAACAUCCUCUGCUUCAAGCGAGCUCAUCGCUGUAUCCUCCAUCCUAACCUUCGACAUUUACAAAAUGUACAUACGGCCCCAAGCCACUCCCGCACAAUUAAUCGCCAUCUCACACUACAUGAUUCUCUUCUUUGGGUUAGUAAUGGCCCUCUUUGCCUGUAUUUGGAACCUCAUCGGCGUCAACCUCGGCUGGCUUUUCCUUACUAUGGGUCUCUUGAUUGGAGGUGCUGUGUUCCCAGCAGCCUUCUGCGUGACCUGGAAGAAACAAAGUAAAUACGGUGCCAUCGCUGGUUGUUUGGGGGGACUUGCGUCCGGACUUACGGCUUGGUUGGUCACUGCUCAAAAGUAUUACGGGGAGAUAACAAUUGCUACGACCGCUGGAAAUUAUCCUACUCUAGCGGGGAAUGUGAGCGCCGUGUUGAUGGGUCUCCUUAUCACAGUUGCAGUUUCUUGUGCGAAGCCGGAUGAUUUUGACUGGGAGAUAACGAGGGGUAUUAACGCGGUGGUUUCUGAGGAGGGGACGUUUGAUGGGGAGAGAGACCGUUCUGGAGAACUUUCAUCGGACCCUCCGGGUGAUGUUGAUAGGGACAUGGAAAAGAUGAAGAGUAGGGAAACAGGUGCUAGUCAUGGACAAGGACAAAGUAUCGCGGACGAGGACGAGGACAAAGAGGAUAGAGAUAUCAUGGAGGAUCCAAAGUUACUCAAUGGGGCUUUUAGGCUGGCGGUUAUUGCUGCGGUUGUGUUGACGCUGAUUAUGGAGUUUGUCCCCCCUCUUCCUCCCAACAUUAUCCUCCUCCUCUCGUCUCUCCACCCACUUUAUUUAACACAAACUAACGAGACCUCGAAUAGUUUCAUAAUACCCAUUCCCAUGUUCCUGUCACACUACAUUUUUAGUCAGGGAUUCUUCCUAGCAUGGGUCAUUAUCAGUUUCAUCUGGGUGUUCUUCACUUUGGGUACAUGUGCGAUACUACCGCUCUGGGAAGCGAGGGGAUUCUUCAUGAAUUUUGUUCAUGCCGUGAGAGGGGGUGGUCGAAGAUGA